GCAAAUGAACUUUGUACUAAUAAAAAGAAAGCUAUCCGUCUGUAAACGAAGUUUUGAGGCCAACGAACGAAGACGCAUGCAUUGAAAGCUCCCUGAUAAUAAGAAUUGUUGAAAAAUGGCCAGCCUAGGAAGGUCGAUAAAGUUCCACCUUUUUAACUGUGAUAACACGUAUAGGUUGGACUCAGCAGAAACCUUGUUGCUCAAAAUGGCAGACGAUCUUAACCUUCGAAUAUCGAUGGAUAGGCGAAAUUUUCGCCUUCAUGAAAUGCCGGAUGUAUGUGAAAAUAUCAUUCCUCAGCUGCAGAUGGAUUAUGCUGUCCUUGUUGUCCAUGCUCAUGAAUCUCGUCUCUCUAUCAACGAAGACAACGCUGGUAUUGGCUACGCGAAGAUCUACAGAGCUCUGCUGCAAGCGACUGGUAGGUCGAAUGUAAACAUUGAAAUGAUUGUUUAAAAUUUAUGCACUGGUAACCUAUCGCUACUUUCGUGAAAUGAGUUAUUUGCGCAACGUAAGAGGUUUUCUUUUAAAAGUGGUAAAUCGUCGUACUUCGAGAAGAAAUUUUGAUAUCAAUGGCAUAACCGAAGUGCUUAAUUAAUGCAUAUUUACAUACUCUCAUCUAAUUUGGCUUCGAAGGAAAGGAGAAAAGAACAUAACUGGAUCCGUUUGUAUAUGCCGUUAAUAGUGCUUAUAAUACAAAAUGACCCAAGCAUAAAAUCUAACAACGCCUCAUCAAUGUGGUCGACUUUUGAAUCUUUCUUGGAAUAUAUCUGCACUCAAACGUAAAGGGACCCAUUAAGCCGAAUUAAACAUCUCAGAGUGCUCUGAAUAACAACAAUUUUAAUUUUAUUCAGCAGGGCAAAAACAUUUUUAGAGAGAACUUUAUUUAGCUUAGGUCGAGAUACCUUACUUUCAGAUCAGAGUCCAUCAUGAUGGCGUAAGAACUUUUGUUUUCUAAAACACCACGUGCCGUUCAUACCUUGCAAGCCUCUCACCUUUCCUGUAUUAUGAUUCGCGAGAGGAACUAUUACGUUAUUCAUGUUAGUUGUAAAAAAGAUUUUAAUUAUAAUACUCUUCUCUGACCAAAAUCAGUUCAACUGAAGCCAGUAAUGAUAAACUUUCGGUUGUCAUUCGUAUUUUGUCCAGAUUCCGCUCUUUAUUGUUAGGAGGAUGAUAUCAUUUACGACUUAUUUACAUAUCCCGGACUUUGUACUUUUUGUAAAAAAGAUACCUUUUUAUGAAAUCGGAGGUAAAGUACAGCGAUUGCUUUCGUUCGUGAAUCUUAUCCCUGCCGAAAUAAACAUCACUUACACAAAAUACGCUAGUUUUCUGAGCUUUGAUUCAUUGAGAUGUUUGGUACGAAGAAAGAUUGAAGCUGAGAUGUAGGACAUUUUCCAAAAUGUAUGAGUGACGUAAUGGUAUUAUGAUAUCCCUUUUGCGGGGUUUUGGUCUGUUGAACAUCGUUGACAUACAGUUGACAGAAGCACUCUGGAAAAAGCAUGGAAAAUUCUCCCCGUCAAGCUCUCUUUAAAAGAAUCGUUUACUUAUCCUAUAUAAUACUUUACUAGUAGUGGAGGUAACCGUGGACUCCAGGUAGCUUUCAAACCCUCUUUCAAUUGGUCAAAACUAAUAAUUACAAAUCAAAACGAACAUUUCUGAGCGCCUGUAUUCCCCCCACAACGAAGGCCCCUCCUCUUCAUGUUGUAGGGUAGAAAGGGGCAAGUAAGAAAUAUGAGAGACACUGAUGACUUUAAAAUGAGCAACUUUUAACCAAGAGGUAAAGCCACCCUCAGUUGAACUAUCACCUGUGUAAAGGUGUAAUAUAAUACAUUUUGUCCUGUAAUUUAAGGAAACAAAGUCUUGAUCGUCAUCGGUGGCGAUGAUAAUUACAGAGAUCAAGACGAGGAGGAACAGGUUGUUAUCUCACGCUGGGCACGAAGGAAAGUGGCGUCACAGUUUGAUGCGGAGUAUCUAGAUGGAAGGAAAAGCUUCAUUUUUUCUUGGAAUAAAGCGCACAGAGAAAUCCACGAGGAGGCACUAAAGCACUACCUCGAUCCUAGUAAGAAAGAACAGAAGUUCCAGUAUGUGCCAAAACCUAAACCAAAACCAACACAAGACGAGGUAUGGCUUAUGUUUAUUUUCCACUCAUUUGAAAUCUACUGUUCUGUCAAAGGGGAAUGGAAGUCAUUGGUAAAAUACGGGAACAAGUAUUCUGAACUUGUUUCUGGAAAUUUGGCUGUAAACGUUUCUUUAUUGUUGUGAACUACUUUUCUACAGCCAAAUUAGGCAACUGGGGGUGAAAGAUUCCUCAGCUCAUUAGGUCUUCCUUUCGAGAGGUGCAUACACUAAUACUGCGGCAAUGAGUGAACCCCACAUCCUAGAACUACCAGAAAUGCGUCCUUCCCUUUUUGAUGAAAUUUAGUCAGGAAGUGAGGGUAGGACUGAAACUGGAAUUUCCGUUCAUCAAACCUCAGACUCCCUGAUACCCUGACUACUUAAAUCUCCAAUUUUUAAAUUACUUCCAACAUCAUUUGUUUUCUUUUUGUUAAUAUUUUGCCGUUUUCUUUCUUAUCUUUUUACCUUCCUGUUUACUAUUCCUUUUGAACCGAAGGAAUCUGAAGAUGACAAGGAGUUUCCACGAAUAGGAGGAAGUGGUGAGUUUAAAGCAUUCCCUGUAGAAUCCAAUUCUAAAUGCGAAAUUUUGUUUGUGUGGAUUGGCCCUCGGUUCAGAGGUAAUCUUGCUAUUUAAGCUUACUAGAUGAAUGACAAGAUUCUCUGUAACUGGCACAGAGAUGUUAGCUUCUUUCACAAAUUUCCUCUCAAAGCCUGUCCUCACCAAGCUUGACAAUUACAGAAGAAAGCCUUAGGUCCCUAAAGACAAAUUGUGCUAGAUUAAAGAACAAGUUCAUGGUACAGAUAUGAUUCAUAUCCUUUGCUAUUUUCUUAAAAAACAGUUGACACCUGAAGGUAUUUGCAGCGCUUUUGCUUCAGUGACGCACCUUGCCUCUCAGAAUAUUACCAUUAAGUUAAUGCAAGUUAUUCAUUAGUCAUGUUUUGUCGUGAAGGUCAGAACAAAACUUUUCAAAUUCCGUUUGCUGAACUUCUUGUUUGGAACCAAGUCAAGACUUUCAAAUCUCAAGUCAUACUUCAAAUAUCAAUAUCAAACUAUUAAUACACAAAAUCAUAAAUUAUCCCUGAGCUUCUCUUAACACCCCAGGACUCCCACUCCAUAGAUCAUAGGUCUCACAGCUAUUUACCGAGUCCCGUAUCUACAAGUCCCUGGUUUCACUGAAUUUGAAAGCCUCAGAUUCUUUAGCUCCCACUGCGCUUUCCAAAACCCAUUUUCAUGCUAACUGAUGCCUCUUCUUAAUUGUUAUUAACAAGUUUAUUCAACCAAACUUUAGGGUCCCUACAAGAAGAACCUGUCGAUCCCAGACCAUACUAUCUUGAAGGUACCGUUCUGCUGGACACUGUCAUGCGCUUUGGAACAAUAUCGUAUGAAGAGGAGGACGUCAAAGUAUGGGAUCAGAGAUGGGAGCCUUCUGGAAUGAUUGUUCGUCACCUGUCGAAAGAUUGGAUGUUUAGACCUCAUGCGAAUAUUCGAUUUGUCGCUACAGCUGACGGAGGUGUCUCUUAUAGUGUGCGACCACAGAGUAUUGCUAUCUCGUUGAGUGCUGUAUUACUGGGUAUUUUGAAUUGGUUGUUUUCUGGGUUACAUUUCCAACUCUACCAGUCUUUGUUUGUGUUGUUACCCGUUUUGAAUUUUUGUGAGUUUUUUAAGUGGCUUAUAGAAGAGGUUAAAGCGAUAGUCGAGCAAGUAAAAAACACAAUUACCCAAUCCGUAACCUGGCUUAUGGAUGUGGUUAAAGCAAGAGUAGAGUAAUUAUAUCCAUAAAUAACCCAAUCAAUAAUCUGGCUGGUGGAAAGUGUAGGAAAUUAUGGACACAUUUUCUGUGCAUUAGUUUUUGUGUGAUCUCGUGAGAUCGAUAUCUUGGUGAAUGAUUAUCCAUAGGUAGGGUUUGUAAACAGUUACAGAAUUUUGCAUGAAAAAAAAAAAACAUGAUUCUUCUCUCAAGUACAAUGAUCACUUUAUUUUGCUCCAAUACUUUUCAGACAAUCCUGAUUUACCCAAAAGGUGAUUCUCAUGGAGACGCGAGCUCGCACCUUAGCCUGUUUCUUGUGUUGUGUUCCUAAGUAAGACACUUUACUCUCCAGGUGCAUCCAAGUAGGUGCAAAGGUGCAUCCAACAGUAGAGAAAUCGAUUUUCCGCGAAACUGUCGGGGACCGAAACUGUUCUUAAUGCUAGGUAAUCUGUGAUGUACCGACCUUCUGCUCAUGGGGAAGUAAUAGCGCUCCUUGUUGUUUUCAAGACAAGGAAACUCUACCAGGAUAGGCUGCUCGCCACCCAAGUUGGCGAUACCUUUAACUUUUCGGUUUAUAAGGUUAAUCUUGUAGGAAACCUUUCGCAGUGUUUCUACGCAACUUUUAUAUGUGAUUGCCGGAGUAGUCGAUGCAAUUUUGUUGAAUUAUUAUCUUUUGUCCCGCCUGAAUAUGAAAUAUAUAUGCCUAAUUCUCAGAAACAGGUUUUGCGUUAGUUUAGGUAGAGUGGACAAGUCACAUAUUGUUAAUGAACAGUGUUUCAAGUUAUGUCGCUUGCGCUGGUAUUCAUGAUCAAUUCCAACCGCCAUUAAUGUUGACUAUCUAGGUCGUGUCAAUGUAAGUAUUACCUUUCUGAUGUUUUUCUAUGAUAAUAAAGUGUCA